UUGUGUUGCUGCCGGAGAACCAGAGACGGUCCUGCUGCGGCCGCAAGCCCUUCCAGCCACCUGACAAUGUCGUCUCAUUUAGUAGAGCAGCCGCCGGCCCCGCACAACAACAACAACAACUGCGAGGAAGGUGAACAACCUUUGCCCCCGCCAGCCGGCCUCAACAGUUCCUGGGUGGAGCUACCCAUGAACAGCAGCAAUGGCAAUGAUAAUGGCAAUGGGAAAAAUGGGGGACUAGAACAUGUACCGUCUUCAUCCUCUAUCCACAAUGGAGACAUGGAGAAGGUUCUUUUGGAUGCACAACACGAAUCAGGACAGAGUAGUUCAAGAGCCAGUUCUCACUGUGACAGCCCUUCCCCACAAGAAGAUGGGCAGAUUAUGUUUGAUGUGGAGAUGCACACCAGCAGGGACCAUAGCUCUCAGUCAGAAGAAGAAGUUGCAGAAGGAGAGAAAGAAGUUGAUGCGUUGAAGAAAAGCGUUGACUGGGUGUCUGACUGGUCCAGUAGACCUGAAAACAUUCCACCUAAGGAGUUCCACUUCAGACACCCCAAACGCUCUGUCUCUUUAAGCAUGAGGAAAAGUGGGGCCAUGAAGAAAGGGGGUAUUUUCUCCGCAGAAUUCCUUAAGGUGUUCAUUCUGUCUCUCUUCCUCUCUCAUAUUUUGGCUUUGGGCCUAGGCAUCUAUAUUGGAAAGCGACUCAGCACACCUUCUGCCAGAAAGAACAGCCCCAGAAAAGCGUGUGACCUGUGA